UCCCAUUGGCUGGUCGCUCCAGCCGCAGCCCCAGAGAAUGAAUGAAAUUGAAAUAGCUGCUACAUUACAUGUACAAUACCGGGCUCUGCAGUGUUGCAUUCUAUCAUACUAUAUCAAAAUGGCCACAGCGGUACAGAACCCCCUCAAAUCGCAAUCUGGAGGUGCAGUCAUCAAGAACAGUCUUGGUGAGGAGUUCUACAAGGAGGCCAUUGAACACUGUCGCAGCUACAAUGCCCGUCUGUGCGCCGAGCGCUCCAUGCGUCUCCCCUUCCUGGACUCCCAGACCGGUGUGGCUCAGAGCAACUGUUACAUCUGGAUGGAGAAGAACCACCGUGGGCCAGGUCAUGCUCCAGGUCAGUUGUACACAUAUCCCGCUCGCUGCUGGCGCAAGAAGAGACGGCUAAACAUCCUGGAGGACCCACGGCUUGUACCGAUUGAGUUCAAGAUCGACUACGAGGCCUCUCUAAAGAAGGAAGGGGGUAUCCCAGAUGGUCCCGUGUUGGAGUCGCUGCUUGCUGGGGAAACCCUGGACAAGAAGGUAGAAACCAAGGAAGAAGAGCCAAUGAGCGAGUGUCAGAAGUUGCUGGUGGGGGAUUUCCCUCAUGAGCUGGAUGUGGACGAGAUGGAGGAAGAUGUCCCGAAGCGCAAGAACCGUACCAAAGCACGGGCCUACGGUGUCGGGGGCAUGAGGAAGCGACAAGAGCCACCCGCCAUUGAAGACAGAGACAAGCCUUACGUCUGUGACAUCUGUGGAAAGCGCUAUAAGAACCGCCCAGGGCUGAGUUACCAUUACACUCACACACACCUGGCAGAUGAGGAGGGUGAAGAAGACUCAGAGCGACACACGCUACCCUUCCAGCGCAAGAACAACCACAAGCCCAAGAAAGCACCGGAUGGCUCAGUGAUCGCCAACGGCUACUGCGACUUCUGCCUUGGAGGCUCAAAGAAGACCGGCUGUCCUGAAGACCUUAUCUCCUGUGCGGACUGUGGACGCUCAGGCCACCCGUCCUGUCUGCAGUUCACAGUGAACAUGACGGCUGCGGUGAGGACUUAUCGCUGGCAGUGCAUCGAGUGCAAGUCCUGCAGCCUGUGUGGCACCUCUGAGAAUGACGACCAGCUGUUGUUCUGCGAUGACUGUGACAGAGGCUACCACAUGUAUUGUCUGAGUCCUCCCAUGUCUGAACCACCAGAGGGGAGCUGGAGCUGUCAUCUGUGUCUGAGACAACUGAAGGAGAAGGCCUCAGCCUACAUCACCCUCACUUAAUCUGCGGAGCUGCGCCUCAUCCUCUUGGCCCUUCAUCCUCUCCCAAACCACCUCUCCGUCCACCCCUCUCUGUGCCUCAGCUGCCCCCCUCCUCCUCUGACUUACCCGCUGCCACUUCUUCUACAAUCCGUCCCCGUGCCCUUUGACACGACUGAGCACACAGCACCCACAACACCGCACCCAUUCUUGAACGUCUCUUCAGCUGCAAGGCAACCUCCGUCCUUUUGUGUCACUCACAUUCCCCCGCUGUGCUUGACCUGA